GAUACUCAGAGUGCAAAAGUAAGCGGGGAGGAAGGAGCGCAGAGCAGCCGCUUCUUCCAGCAGAGCCAAGGCAGCCCCGAGGGCAGAGAAGCAGCCGUCGAGUCCGAGUCCCGAGUCCGGAGCCAUGGGCUUGUUAGAGUGCUGUGCGAGAUGUAUGGUCGGGGCACCCUUUGCUUCCCUGGUGGCCACGGGGCUGUGUUUCUUUGGGGUGGCACUGUUCUGUGGCUGUGGACAUGAAGCACUGACCGGCACAGAGAAGUUGAUCGAGACCUACUUUUCCAAAAACUACCAAGACUAUGAGUAUCUCAUGAAUGUGAUCCACGCCUUCCAGUAUGUCAUUUACGGCACCGCCUCUUUCUUCUUCCUUUAUGGGGCCCUCCUGUUGGCUGAGGGCUUUUACACCACUGGUGCUGUGCGACAGAUUUUUGGCGACUACAAGACCACCAUCUGCGGCAAGGGCCUGAGCGCUACGGUAACAGGGGGCCCGAAGGGGAGGGGUUCCAGAGGCCAACAUCAAGCUCACUCUUUGGACAGGGUGUGUCAUUGUUUGGGAAAAUGGCUAGGACAUCCCGACAAGUUCGUGGGCAUCACCUAUGCCCUGACAAUUGUCUGGCUGCUGGUGUUUGCCUGCUCUGCCGUGCCCGUCUACAUAUACUUCAACACCUGGACAACCUGCCAAUCUAUCGCCUUCCCCAGCAAGACCUCAGCCAGCAUAGGCAGUCUCUGUGCUGAUGCCAGGAUGUAUGGUGUCCUCCCCUGGAAUGCUUUCCCUGGAAAGGUGUGCGGCUCCAACCUUCUGUCCAUCUGUAAAACUGCAGAGUUCCAAAUGACCUUCCACCUGUUUAUUGCGGCCUUCAUCGGGGCUGCAGCCACCCUGGUUUCCCUGCUCACUUUCAUGAUUGCUGCCACGUACAACUUUGCUGUCCUGAAACUCAUGGGCCGAGGCACCAAGUUCUAAUGUCCAGGCCUGCACUUCCCCGUAGUCCCCUUUCUUUCUCUAACAGCCGGGCUCUAACCACACAGCCAGGCAAUGCGGCAUCUCCCAUCUUAACUCUCUGCCUUCAGCGCUGACUGGCCCUCCUCAUAAUCAACAAGUAUAACAAGAAAGGAGAGACUCAAUGCUGGAGGCCAUUUUCUGUCCUCUCCCUUCUGUACCUCUUUUAAGCAUUGGGCUUUCCAACUCUUCCUGCUAGAAAUGGGAAAUGGCAAAGAAAGGGACUUCCUGUCACAAAGAAAUGUUCAACUUUAAAGCAUCUCCCAAGGACCAGAUGGUACCUUCGAAUCACCAAGGCCCUUCCAUUGAUAGAGAGAGAGAGAGAAAGAGGGAGAGAGGGAGAGAGAGCGAGAGAGAGCACUUUCUCCUCACCCUAUAUAGGGGCUAGUGAUCUCCUCAUUCAAGAUAAUGGAGCACUCUCUCCUCUUCUUACUACCAUUUGAGAAGGGAGGAUUGCCCCUGUAAACAUGAAAAUCUGCUCAAAUCUACGUAGCGCAGCUGGGAGAAGAGGGUCAGAGCAAGGACCUUUCAGCUAUGAAAGGAGAGCAUUGACCCUGGUAUGAUAGAAUAUUUAAGCCUUAACUCAUCCCACCCCACUUAUGGCAUCCGUGUAGACGAGGGGCCCCUCGGCCUUGCACACUGCUAGGGAACCAGCGACUUUAAGCUCUUAGCCUCUUAUCACUAAAUAACCGUGAUAAUAGAAUAGCUCCCAAGACAACCCUGUAGUUUCCAAGGAGUAAGAGAGGAACGCCAGUUUGCAUGAGAGAGAGUGAUCCAAAGAGAGCAACGGACUGAUGGUAUAACCUAAGAUGUCCCUCUUAUAGACCCAGGCUGACUCUUUGGAUUCCAUGCCUCUGCGUGCCUCCCCACCCCCUCGCCCAUUAACCAGCCGUGUGCAACACCCUCCACUUGGUCAUACCUUCACAAUGGUGCUCUUUCCCUGGGAUGGUGUGUGUCUAGUAACCCGUCAGUGGCUUGAGGAUCUUGAUUUGUUUCCGACCAGAGGAAACGUCACAUUUCCCAUUUUUUUCCUCAUUUUUUACGAUUCCGACCUUACACCUGAAAGAGCUGCAGAAUAAUUGACGAGUAAGGGGGUUUUUCUUUGAAGGGAAAAAGAAUGGAAACCAUCCCGAGUACUAUUGAAAUAUGGCCAUCUCUGUGCAAAAGGGAAGGCUACAGGCAGGGCUUUUGGGUAGGAGCAUCGCUAAGCUGCCCUUCCACAGUGUGCAAAGGCAACCUCCAUUUGCAGAAUCAACUUUUUCAUUCUUUCUAGCCGGGGAGGGAAGAUAUGAGUUAGUACUGUCCUAAGGUGUUUGAGAGAGGGAGAAAGAAGGAAGUGGGGAAGAGAGAAAGAUGGCUUAACAGAAGGGCGGACUCUCCCUCAUGAAAGUCACAUGAAGUACCUUUCUAAAGGCAAAAGGGCCAGAGAGGAAAGCAUCUGGAAGCCAGGCGGCCAGCUCGGGCAUAUUGGGCCCUUCUCCCUUUCUUGGUCUACUUGGAUUUGGGGUUUUUGAUGCAGGACUGUGGCUCUCAGUGUGAGAUUUCUUCCUUCCUUUUUUUUUUUUUUUCUUUCUUUCUUUUUUUUUUUUUUUUGUUCCAAAGUAGCUUCGGCAGCAUUUAUGGAUAUAUGAGAUCUCUUCAAAAGGACAAAAUAUUUCUUCAAACCAGAUUAGAUAAGCUGUGUGGGGGAGGGGAGGGAAAAGAUUUAGUAAGAAACCAAUCAAGAUAAGGAAAGUAAAAGUAGUCUAGGCCUUGAGUUUUCUUUUGAUUUAACUUAAUAACCAACCUUUCCUCAACUUCCCUCAUAUGUAUACACCCACACACACAUUUAUAUACCCCCACACAGUAUUUAAUCAACUGAAAGUAUCUUCUUCAUUGCUGAUUUAAAAUUUCAACUUUAACAUAUAUAAAGGAUAAAAUGUUUAGAGCCUUCUUACAAGGUGAAUUUUAUAAAAUUAAAGAAAAUAAAUUAAAAUUAUUCUCAAUCAAACGAAA